CCUCCUCUGAACCGGUGUCGUCACCGGGAAGUGACGUCUGAAAGGAGGUGGCGUUAAUAUCGUAUAAUUUCUGUCGUUUAUUGUUAGAUCUCUGAACUUUGAAAACGUUAACUGGAAACCUGUUUAACAUGACGGAGCGCAAAGGAACAGCAAAAGUCGACUUCAUAAAAAAGAUUGAGAAGGAAGUCCAGCAGAAAUGGGAUGAGGAGAAAGUGUUUGAAGCUGAUGCAGCCAGCGGAGGAGAAAGUAAGAACAAGUACUUUGUCACAUUUCCUUAUCCGUACAUGAAUGGACGUUUGCAUCUUGGGCAUACGUUCUCACUUUCCAAGUGUGAGUUUGCAGUGGGAUACCAGCGCUUGAAAGGAAAGCAUUGUCUCUUUCCCUUCGGAUUGCAUUGUACUGGGAUGCCCAUCAAAGCUUGUGCUGACAAGUUGAAGAGAGAGUUGGAACUUUACGGCUGCCCACCACAGUUCCCAGAUGAAGAGGAGGAGGAGGAGACUCCAGUUAAGAAAGAGGCAGAGGAAAUUGUCAUCAAGGACAAAGCAAAAGGCAAGAAGAGUAAAGCUGCUGCAAAGUCUGGAGGUGCAAAGUUUCAGUGGGACAUCAUGAGGUCCUUGGGCCUGUCCGAUGAGGAGAUUGUCCAGUUUGCUGAGGCUGAAUACUGGCUUGGAUACUUCCCUCCGCUGGCUGUUCAAGACAUGAAGAGCAUGGGGGUCAAGGUGGAUUGGCGUCGCUCCUUUAUUACAACUGAUGUCAACCCAUUUUAUGACUCCUUUGUCAGGUGGCAGUUUGAGAGCCUUAAGGAAAGAAAGAAAAUCAAGUUUGGAAAGAGAUAUACAAUUUAUUCACCAAAGGAUGGUCAGCCUUGUAUGGACCAUGACAGACAAACAGGAGAGGGAGUUGGUCCUCAGGAAUAUACUUUAAUUAAAAUGAAGAUGGUUGAACCCUUUCCUUCAAAGCUGAGCGGUCUUAAAGGCACAGCCAUUUUUUUGGUAGCUGCUACUCUCAGACCGGAGACCAUGUUUGGACAAACAAACUGCUGGGUCAGACCUGACAUGAAGUACAUUGCCUUUGAGACGGCAAAUGGGGACAUUUUCAUCAGCACUCGGAGAUCUGCCAGGAACAUGUCCUACCAAGGUUUCACCAAAGAGAACGGGGUGGUACCUUCGGUGAUGGAGCUGUUUGGAGAGGAUAUUCUUGGUUGUGCACUAAGUGCUCCUCUGACAUCCUACAAGAUCAUCUAUGCUCUGCCAAUGCUCACGAUUAAGGAAGACAAAGGCACAGGAGUGGUCACUAGUGUUCCCUCUGAUGCCCCUGAUGAUAUUGCAGCACUUCGAGAUUUGAAAAAGAAACAGGCAUUGAGGGAGAAAUAUGGGAUCAAAGAUGAGAUGGUCCUGCCUUUUGAACCAGUGCCUAUAAUUGAAAUCCCAGGCUAUGGGAAUCUGUCUGCUCCCCAAGUGUGUGACGAGCUGAAGAUUCAGAGCCAGAACGACAGGGAGAAGCUGGCAGAAGCCAAGGAGAUGGUUUACCUCAAGGGAUUUUAUGAAGGAAUAAUGCUGGUGGACGGAUACAAGGGGCAGAAAGUUCAAGAUGUCAAGAAACCAAUUCAAAAGAAGAUGGUUGAUAAUGACGAAGCCUUAAUCUACAUGGAGCCAGAAAAGCAGGUGAUGUCCAGAUCAGCAGACGAGUGUGUGGUGGCUCUCUGUGACCAGUGGUACUUGGAUUAUGGUGACAAGAACUGGAAAGAAGCCGCAUCAAACUCUCUGAAAUCUCUAGAAACAUUCUGUGAUGAGACAAGGAAGAAUUUUGAAGCUACACUGGCGUGGCUGCAAGAACAUGCCUGCUCCAGGACAUAUGGCUUGGGUACUCGAUUGCCGUGGGAUGAACAGUGGCUGAUCGAGUCUCUCUCCGACUCCACGAUUUAUAUGGCCUAUUACACAGUGGCUCAUCUUCUCCAAGGUGGUGUUCUUAAUGGGCAAGCACCAUCUCCACUAGGAAUCAAACCAGAGCAGAUGACUAAAGAAGUGUGGAAUUACAUUUUCUCUAAGAAUUCUCCCAUGCCCACGAGCACAAUCCCCAAACAGAGCCUGCAGAAGCUGAGGCAGGAGUUUGAGUACUGGUAUCCCGUGGAUGUUCGAGUCUCUGGCAAAGAUCUUGUACCCAACCACCUCUCCUACUAUCUCUACAAUCAUGUUGCUAUGUGGCCCGAGGACAGUGGAAAGUGGCCUGUAGCAGUAAGAGCCAAUGGACAUCUUUUACUGAACUCAGAAAAGAUGUCAAAAUCUACUGGUAACUUUCUCACUUUAAGUGAGGCUGUCAACAAGUUUUCUGCUGAUGGAAUGCGGCUGGCUCUUGCCGAUGCUGGCGACACUGUGGAGGAUGCUAACUUUGUGGAAGCCAUGGCCGACGCUGGCAUUCUCCGCCUCUACACCUGGGUGGAGUGGGUGAAGGAGAUGAUCACCAAUCAGGACAGCCUGAGGAGCGGCCCAGCCAACACCUUCAACGACAGAGUCUUUGCCAGUGAAAUGAAUGCCGGCAUUAUCAAAACUGAUCAGCAUUACGAGAAGAUGAUGUUCAAGGAAGCUCUGAAAGCUGGAUUCUUUGAAUUUCAGGCAGCGAAGGACAAGUACCGUGAACUUGCUAUUGAAGGAAUGCAUAAGGACUUAGUGUUCCAGUUUAUUGAAAAUCAAACUCUGCUGCUGGCACCUAUCUGCCCUCACCUGUGUGAAUACACCUGGUCUCUGCUUGGAAAGACGGGCUCUCUAAUGAAAGCCUCCUGGCCUGUUUCUGGCCCAGUUGAUGAGAUCCUGAUCCGGUCCUCUCAGUAUCUAAUGGAAACUGCCCAUGAUCUGCGGCUGCGCUUGAAAGGCUACAUGGCUCCUGCCAAGGGAAAGAAAGGAGAUAAUAAACCACAGCAGAAACCAUCCCACUGCACCACGUAUGUGGCCAAGAACUACCCACCCUGGCAGCACACCACCCUGACCCUGCUGCGGAAACACUACAAGGCAAACAACGGACAGCUUCCAGAGAAUAAGGUGAUUGCCAGUGAACUCAGUGCUUUGCCCGAGCUGAAGAAGUACAUGAAGAGGUUGAUGCCUUUUGUUGCAAUGAUUAAGGAAAACCUGGAGAAGAACGGAGCUCGGGUCUUAGACCUUGAACUGGAGUUUGAUGAACGUGCUGUCUUGUUGGAGAACAUAGUUUAUUUGACAAACUCACUCGAGUUGGACCAGAUAGAUGUGAUUUUUGCAUCCGAGGCAGAUGAUAAAGUGAAGGAGGAGUGCUGUCCUGGAAAACCAUACUCUGUGUUCAGAUCUGAGCCUGGUGUUUCUGUGUUCUUGGUGAAUCCCCAGCCUGCAAAUGGGUAUUUCUCCUCCAAGAUUGACGUCCGGCAGGGUGAUACCAAGGACAGCAUUAUCAGACGGCUGAUGAAAGUGGAAAGAGCUAUUAAAGACUUGCAGAGAGUGAAGCUGAUGCGAUAUGAGGACCCGGUGCUUGGACCGCGCAGAGUGCCAGUACUUGGGAAAGAAGAGCAAGGAAAGAAGGCCAUCUCUGAGAAAUCUAUCUUCCACAUAGAUCUUAAUGCCAAGAAGGUUCACAUUGCUGAUAAUGGGCUAAAGGUGGACAUUGGAGACACUCUAGUUUACCUGGUUCAGUAAUCAUGGUAAAUGGUAUACAGUUUGGGCCUGGUGACAGUGAGAAAGGGGGUGGUGAAUGGUUAGGAUUAUGGAUGAUAGAGGUACGUACAAUAGAAAUCCGCAAAUCAGAAGGGCAGAAUCUUGAGGGGAAAGGGAGUCUAAAAAGGUCUUGAAAUCUUCAGGUUUUGGAAGAAACUUGAAGGUUUUUGUUUUUGAUGGUUAAAAAGCCAUAGUGCGAGUCAUUUCCAUGGAAAAUCCACACCUGUGCAUUUCUGUUCCCCCUUAUCUUCCUGUUUUCAGUGUUCUGAACACAGGCAGGUAAGUCCUGUGUCUUUUUAUUAAUGGCAAACGUCAAGUUUACAGGUCCUUGGAUUCUGAAAGUAUGGUCAUACAUCUUGUGCCUCACGCUAGUAUGAUAUGUGUUCCCACUGUACACACAAUAUUACAAUGACUACAUCCUUGUUUAAAAAAUAUAAACAUGAAAACAUGUAAAAGGGCUUACCCUGUUCUAUUAAAAGUAAUACAAUACAAUCCCUGGCUAUUUUCUGUCUUAACUAUAAUGUAACGCAUUGUUUAUGCUUGGAAAUGGCGUUUCUUCACACUGUACUAAUUAACUGUACCAUCUGGAAUGUAGUUAACAUAAUAAAGUUUUAAAGCAUUGGCUUAUUUUGUCAAA